UUGCAACUUUUACGCGAAUAUUUUAUAAUUUUUAAAUCAAUUUAUUUUACAUUAGAGCAUGUUGAAUAUGAUGUUUAUAUUUUGUUUUUAUUUCUUAUCAUGUAAAAAUUAGAUUAAAUAGGUAAAGAACUAAUCAAACUCUUGAAGGGGAAUGUCUGGGUUGAAUUACGUCCUUAUAGUCUCUCUUGAUGAUGAUCACGAUGAAUUUGUCAAAAAGCUUUUAUUGAAUCUUGAGGAAGAUCAAACUUUAAAAUCGUAUAAACUGUCAGAUAUACAGCACGAGUAUAGUGAUUUGAUAAAAUAUUCAGACAAGCUUGAUAGAAUGCUUCAGAAUUUGAAUCGCAUGUUUCUUGUUAAUUCCGAUAACUUGCAUCUAUAUAUCGAGAAUGGGACAACCGACAACAAGUUUUUAAAAAUGCCUGGAGUAAAGGAAAUCCUUGAUCGUUUUAUUCGAUCAGAAGGUUGUCUUACUAAGGCAAAAAGCAAAAUUGUAUUAUUGUCUCCUGUUCACUUAAAUUCCCCUCCUGAUUAUUUAAAAGAUCUCGAAUAUAUAGAUGAGAUUUUUGAUGAAGAACGAAAUAUUGUAUCUAGUAAAAUUCAGCUUAUAUUGACAAGGUGUCGCUUUUAUCGUCAGCCGGAAGAGGUUGUUAACAACAAAACCAAUAAGAAAAAGAAAGGUUGUCAACUUAUGUAAUGUUAAAUAUAUGAAGUUGAACAUUUUUAUUAUUUAAAAAGAUCCUCCCAUUUUACGGAUCGUAAACAAAGAAAGACCAUAAAAAGACACUGGGCGGAAAAGUGUUGACAGCAGACUUUUAAUAAUUUAAGUUAUUAUCAUCGUUUGUAAAUUAUUUAGUCGCAUAUAAUAAAUAUUUAGUCGCAAUUUA